CUGUCAAUUUGACAUGUUUGUGACACUACGAGUUUUACUUGCGAUUCGAUUGAAACGAUAAUUACGUAAGGAUAAACGAGAAAAACACCACAAAUAAUGUCCUUUUUCUUAAGACGGACCCUUGGUGCAGGAAGGAACCUUGGGCGCGCUGUCCUAAACAAUAAUCAGUACUCUGGCCUCCAGCGAGUUGCUACGAAAACAGAUCAAGCCACACCGCAGACAGAGACAAGGCCUACAGUGGCUAAAUUCGAUCCAUUGCAAAAGUCUCAACUGGUUGACUUCGGCAAAUACGUAGCUGAAUGUUUGCCGAAAUACGUUCAAAAAGUGCAAAUUACCGCAGGCAAUGAAUUGGAAGUACUUAUUCCGCCCGAAGGUGUUAUUCCAGUGCUGCAGUUUUUAAAAGACCACCAUAACGCUCAGUUUGCAAAUCUCGUCGACAUCGGUGGCAUGGACGUCCCGAGCCGUCAGUACAGAUUUGAAAUCAUAUACAACCUGUUAUCGUUGCGGUACAAUGCCAGAAUAAGAGUAAAAACGUACACUGAUGAAUUGACACCUAUCGACUCGGCUUGCGAAGUUUUCAAAGCUGCCAAUUGGUAUGAAAGAGAGAUUUGGGAUAUGUUCGGAGUCUUCUUCGCAAACCACCCAGAUCUGAGAAGGAUUUUGACCGACUAUGGAUUUGAAGGCCACCCGUUCAGAAAAGAUUUCCCGCUCAGUGGCUAUGUUGAGCUUCGUUAUGAUGAUGAGCAGAAAAGAGUUGUAGUUGAGCCAUUGGAAUUGGCUCAGGAGUUCAGACGCUUUGAGCUUAGUGCUCCAUGGGAACAGUUCCCUAACUUCCGAGCCAACCCUGCUGCUGAAGAAGUAGUCAAUAAAUCUGAAGAUCAGCCCAAAAAGGAAUAGGUUAAUAGAGAAGUAAUAAAAAUAUCUUGAAUAAAGCAAUAGCUUGCAAUCAAACCAAUGUGUGUAGACAAUUUAUAACUAAUGUUCAUCAACUUGUGAACUCUUUAUAUAAUAAAGAUUCAGUUGAUCAGC